AUGAAACAGCCGACUAGUAAGGAAGACAAGAAGAAAAACAGAAGAAAAACACUGAACAGCUUGUGUUCCGUUUCAGCUUUGCUGUUGUCUGUUGCGUGUUGUAUGGCUCUAAUUCACAUGGAACUCCGAAUACAAGAACAUCAUCGACUGAUAUCACACUCGGUAACAUGCUGUGAUCAGAUGGAAACGCAGAUUCUGAGGAAAGUUCAGCAGAAUUACGAAGGAUGGCAAGUUACGAAAGUUGAUGGCAUAAAUGGUCAUUUGCAGGGGACAAAUGGUAAGGAAACGUUUUAUAAAAUUUUCCGGGUUUUGAUAUUAACAUCAGCUUGUUUCAGAUCCUGGCGAUUAUGAAAAUUAUCCUUGUUUAACAUAAGAGGAGCUUUAUCUUGUUCAAAAUUUGUUCCGACUACUCGCUUAGAAUCCGCAAUAAGAGCACAGGCUUAUAAUCGGUGAGGCUGUCAAGAACAGGGGAAUACAAGAGCUAACCAACGAAAGGACAUUCUUAACAAAAAAACAGCCCGUCCAGAGUUGAUUUAAAAGUAUCACUGCACAUUUCGAACGAAUGAUAUUAUAACAACCUUCAGCUACACCGAUACAGUAAAUGAAAAUCAAAAUUAUAAUAAUUCGGUUCUAUCGAACACAAAAUAAGUCCGUAUUUCCUUUGGGCUACAUACGAGGAGUUGGCUAUUUAGCAAAUGGACAUGACGUGAACUGAAUUGAGUGUACAUUGUUGAAUUAGCUCGGUAAGAAUUUAAAAGACUAUUUUUUUUAUGCUAACUCAGAGGAUGCGUGUCGGGAAGAAACACCGUCAAGGCAGCGGUCGUUUUUUUAGAUUGUUUUCAGUUUUGGGCAUUUGUUUGUUUUUUCUUUGGUACGAUAUAUAAUUCCAUUUUUACUUAAUGCUCAGAAAGGGCUUUAUUUAAUGUUUUGUAAGGUCUUGGCGAGUAUGAAAACGUCAAUUCAAGACAGAAGAGAGCGUCACCCGCUAAUUCUCGAACAAAAUCGGUCCAAACAGAAUCGCGAGUAAAACUAAUAAUCAAAGAAGAGCUUCGAGUGCUGCAAAACCAAUUCUGUGCUAAAGAUGAAAAGCUUUGCCGCUCAGGACCAAAAGGUAAUGCAGGGCGACGGGGAAGACCCGGAUUCCGAGGGAGACCAGGUCCCCCAGGGAAACCCGGACCAGAAGGACCUCCUGGUAAACAUGGGCCAGUUGGACUUCCAGGACCCGUCGGCAUUAAAGGGGAUCUCGGAGUACCGGGGGUCCCUGGCCCUAUGGGUCCUAGAGGCCCACCAGGUCAAAAGGGAACCAAGGGUGAGCCAGGCCAGUCCAUUACGGCUCCUUCUCUGCUGCAGAGUCCGAUUGGAACAACUGUCAAUCAAAGCCAGACGGCCAUCUUGAAAUGUUUAGCAAAUGGAAAUCCAACUCCACAGAUCACCUGGUCUAAGAUGAACUCGCGGCUUCCUGUGGGACGUCACAAGGUAGAGUCCAGUGGUGCUCUGAUUUUGAAGGACGUGAGGCCUGAGGAUGAGGGAGUCUACAGCUGUGAAGCUAAAAAUUUACUGGGGAGCGUUAACGCUUCAGCGAAACUCACUGUUCAGUGUAAGUUGAUUUGGUCAUUUUUAAUUAAUCCGCAAUUACCAGCGGAGUCUAGAAAUUUUAAAUGUUUAGAAAGAAGGAGUGGACAGAGCGGGAUUAAAGGAGCUCGGAAAAAAAAUUUACUACAUAUAUUAAUUGACGUGUCACCGGCCACAAUUGGAUAACUUCAAAUUAUGACUUUAAAGAUACAGAGAGUUUUAAAAACACUAAGUUAAGGUUUAGAUUUAGGAUUGGACCUCGAAUUGGAAUUAUACGGGGAACACGUGACUUGCAGAUUGUUUUAUACGCCAAGAACAGGCACUAACUCUCACUUUAAAACGAGGCUAAGUGCAAAACCUUUCUUGUGGAAAUGAUUUUUACUUGUAAGAGAAUAAAAAAAGUCUGACGAGGGAUUCUACAGCUGGGAAGCUAAAACUUCUGUGAAGCUAAACGAAACUCAUUGCAAGCAGACUUGCUCAUUUUUAAAACACCAAUGGAAUGAGAAUUUUAUUGAUCGACAAAUACCAGGAGGCGUCCAGAAAUUAAACUUCAAAAAGACAGAGUGGUUAAAAAAACUUCCGAAAAAAUUUACUACAUUAAGCCACCGGUCACAAUUGGAUACGUCCAUAGACUGUAUUUAACAAAAUACAUGUUCUUCGUCGUUUUCAGUUUUGUCAACUCUGAUAUCUAGAUAUUGUUCAUUGUAAAAAAAACAAUUGUAAAUUCGGCUUUUUUCACCCACGAAGCACUUAAGAGUUCAUAUGAACUCGUUUAAACGUGUCCGUGCGUUCCAGAUCGAAUUGGAAUUUGGAAGUGUUGGUUUUUGAGGAGAGGGGAAGACCGGAGUACCCGGAGAAAAACCUCUCGGAGCAAAGGAGAGAACCAACAACAAACUCAACCCACAUAUGGCGUAGACGAUGGGAUUUGAACCCGGGCCACAUAGCAAAGGAGAGAACCAACAACAAACUCAACCCACAUAUGGCGUAGACGAUGGGAUUUGAACCCGGGCCACAUUGGUGGUAGUUCAUUGUUGAUAGUAUCAUGAGAAGCCUAGCAGCCCAGACUAGAAAAUAACUUAUAUACUUAAAAUAAGCUACUUGUAAACAUGUUGGGGCCGAUGAUUUUCUUAAACCUUCCUCUUCGUUAGACUUUUUUUAAUAACCGACCCUUAUUCUUUAAUUUCCGCCAGUUGGUCCGCAACUUUCGUUGUCAUCAAGUCGACUGAUGGCUGAAGAGAAACAAAACGUCACCAUCGCCUGCACUGCUACUGGCCAGCCGUUACCUAAGAUCACGUGGUCCAAGGCAGUGAGAAGUUUACCAGAGGGCAGAAUCCAUGUGCAAGGUGGAACUUUAAAAAUUUACAGUGUCACAAAAAAAGAUCGUGGAGUAUACAUUUGUAAAGCGGAGAAUAUUCUUGGAACAGCAACAGCCACCACCCUUGUGGUGGUAUUCUCUCCAUUGCAGUUUAAAGUCCGUCCUCCACAAGAGGUGACUUUUGUGAUUGGUUCCACUCUCCGUCUGCCGUGUGCGGCCAAGAGUGAGCUGAGUACCACACUUGCUUGGACAAUGGAUGGCGCUAGCGUACUUCCUGUAAACGCCCGUUUUCUUCAAAAUAACACUCUAGUUAUUGAGAAUAUCAAGAAAACUCAAAAAGGAUCUUACAUUUGUCGAGUCAGCAAUACCCUGACAACAAUAGAAGCUAAAGUCAAAAUCACUCCAAAGGUUGCAUCCUGUUCUGAAAUUAAAAAGUACAUCUCCAGUGUAAGCGGAAAUUACGUCAUUGAUCCUGAUGGCGAGGGAAGUCUGGCACCAUUCACGGUGUUCUGUGACAUGAUUGAUAAAAGUGGAGUUGGCGUGACAGUCAUUGGUCACGACAGUGAGAGUAGAACACAUGUUUAUGGAUGUGAUCCAUCAGGGUGUUACUCUCGUAACAUUCAUUACACGGGAGCAAGUCUGUCUCAGCUGGCGCGUCUCACCAAAGUCUCUUCACACUGUGAGCAGUUUAUCAAGUACGAGUGUUAUAAUUCAAUGAUAUUCUAUGGCCAAGAAUUUGCCUGA